CCAGCCCCUAAUUUUAUUUGUCAAGGUUUUCUGAAACAGGACUAGGGAGCUGUAUUCACUUCAUGCCCCUUCCCACUUCCAUGGUGUGAAUCCCUUUUUGGAAAGGUGUGGGGCUGGCUGAGAUAUCUCAAUGCUUUUCUGCACUGAUGGGCACCUGCGCCACGUGCGCCAAGACAACUGCUUGAAAAGCAAGCUCUUUGUCCACUUAUAUAGUGCUCGCCAUCUCCUCGAACCUGUCUCUGUCGCUCGGGGUACUGUGAGACCACUGACUCAUGGGGUAAGUGAUGCUAGCAAGUGCCUCACCAAGCCCAGUUGUCACAAGAAAGUACAGCUCUUUCAGCUUAAAGCAGACGAUCUGUCCUUGCAAAGGCCAGACCCCGUGGAGACAGCUUCGCAUGUGUUCGAUCUUGUUGAAACGAUUGCUUUGAUGAACCUAGCGUUGUUGGCUGGUUCGUGACUACGAGCUAGCCUGAGAUGUGGCUCAAAGCAUGCUGGGUAUGACCUUGUGUUUUGCUUCAGCUUUUCUUUGUCCCACUGUGCAGGGAGUUAUUAUAUAUAUAAUAUUGUAU